CAUUUCUACCCCCACCCCAUAUUCCUCUCUCCUCUUCACUUUCCAAGAUUCUUUCUUUGUAUAGUGUCCGUAUUUCAGUCGCUUAGCUGUAGCUUUUAUCCUCUUUCUUGUUCCUUUCAGUACAUUUUCUUGUCACUAGCUAGGAUCUUCUCCCUUGUGCAUUUCCUUCAUUUUUUGCUUCAACUCUUCAGCUUGAUUGGCUUAUUUGUGAUAUUCCCUUUGCAGAAACCAAACACUGUGAUCCCCCCACCACUUCUUUUGGUUUUGUUUGACUAAUCUAUCAGCUCAGUUUUAAUAGGGGUUAAGAAGAUCCAAACAGGACAAAAUUCUUGGAAUUAGGACAAGUCAUAGAGGAAGGGCUGUUUAUUUGGGGCAUUACUUAGCUUAUUUUCUCCCAUCUUCCAAAGUUUGGAUUUUUAUUAUUAUUAAUAUUGUUGAGGUAGGUUUAACAGGAUAGGCUUUGUUUGGGAUUUCUUAAUGAUUUUCAGAAGAGGAAGCUUUUGGUUUUCUAGGUUCUUCGAUGAGUUUCUUCCAUGUGGUUGGAUUUGGUGUGAAGUUGGGGAGCCUACUGUUGACACCAUGCUACUGGGUUCUAACACUGAUUUCCUUGGAUUGUUGGUUGAGUAAGAGUGGUGGAAUCAUGACCGCCAAGGCUUUUCUUGAUGAUGGAGAGGAGAUAUUGGCCAAUCUGUGGGGGAAGAUCUCCAGCAACAUCUCCAAGAUCCACCAAAGUUAUUCUCAGUAUAUUGUUUCGAAGAAAGUGAGGAAAAACUGGUGGGUUCUUUUGGCAGUUUGGGUAGUUUUUUGGGUGGUUGUAGCUUUUUGUGCCUUUUACCUUUUGAGUACUCAAGUUAAGGAAAAGAGGAAAGAGACACUAGCAAGCAUGUGUGAUGAGAGAGCUAGGAUGCUGCAGGAUCAGUUUAAUGUCAGCAUGAAUCAUGUCCAAGCAAUGUCCAUUUUGAUCUCUACUUUCCACCACGGCAAAAAUCCUUCUGCUAUUGAUCAGAUGACUUUCGCAAGAUACACAGAAAGGACAGCUUUUGAGCGGCCUCUUACCAGUGGCGUUGCAUAUGCUGUGAGGGUUCUCCACCAUGACCGAGAACACUUUGAAAGGGAACAAGGUUGGACAAUUAAGAGAAUGGAACCCCAAUUUCAUGGAAAUGAGUAUAAUGUAGAUAACCUGGAGCCGUCCCCGAUUCAGGAUGAAUACGCACCCGUUAUCUUUGCUCAGGAUACAAUUGCUCAUGUAAUUUCAGUCGAUGUGCUCUCUGGAAAGGAAGAUCGUGAAAAUGUACUGCGUGCAAGAGCCUCAGGAAAGGGUGUUCUCACAGCUCCAUUCAAGCUGCUCAAAACAAACAGACUUGGAGUAAUACUGACAUUUGCUGUCUACAAAAGACAGGUCCCCUCAAAUGCAACCUCUUAUGAGAGAAUUGAAGCAACUUAUGGGUACCUUGGAGGAGUUUUUGAUAUUGAAUCUCUUGUAGAGAAGCUUCUACAACAGCUUGCAAGUGAACAAACCAUCCUUGUCAAUGUCUAUGACAAAACAAAUAUCUCUGAUCCUAUAAGUAUGUAUGGUUCAAAUGUAUCAAUUGAUCACCUGGAGCAUAUUAGUUCCCUAAAUUUUGGGGAUCCAUUCAGAAAGCAUGAAAUGCGUUGCAGAUUCAAGCAGAAGCAACCAUGGCCUUGGCUUGCUAUUAUAACCUCCUUUGGCAUCCUUACAAUUGCAUUGCUCGUAGGGCAAAUAUUUUAUGCCACAAUAAAACGAAUAGAGAAGGUUGAGGAUGAUUAUCAUCAAAUGAUGGAACUCAAAAAGCGUGCUGAGGCAGCUGAUGUUGCAAAAUCACAGUUUCUUGCUACUGUUUCCCAUGAAAUCAGGACCCCUAUGAAUGGUGUCCUUGGGAUGCUUCAUAUGCUCAUGGACACUGACCUGGAUGUAACCCAACAAGAUUAUGUUAGAACUGCUCAGGCUAGUGGUAAAGCUUUAGUUUCACUUAUAAAUGAGGUUUUGGACCAAGCCAAAAUUGAAUCGGGAAAGCUUGAGCUUGAGGCAGUGUCUUUUGAUCCAAGGGAAAUUUUGGACGAUGUGCUGUCACUUUUUUCAGGGAAAUCACAGGAGAAAGGAGUUGAGUUGGCAGUUUAUAUCUCGGAGAAGAUACCAAAGUUGCUAAUCGGUGAUCCAGGGAGAUUUCGGCAGAUCAUCACAAACUUGAUGGGAAACUCAAUUAAAUUCACUGAGAAGGGGCAUAUAUUCGUCACUGUCCAUCUUGUUGAGGAAGUGGCUGUUGAGCAUGGAUCAAGUGGCACUUUGAGUGGGUUCCAAGUAGCCGAUAGACAUAAGAGCUGGAAAGAAAUCAAUGCUUUUAAUCAAGGAGGAUCCCCGUCUUACAAAUUGAGCCCUGAUCAAAUCAAUUUAAUUGUCUCAGUUGAAGACACAGGCGUAGGAAUUCCCUUUGAAGCUCAGCAUCUUGUAUUCACUCCCUUCAUGCAAGUUGGCCCCUCCAUUGCACGGACUCAUGGGGGUACUGGUAUUGGAUUGAGUAUAAGUAAAUGUUUAGUACAUCUGAUGAAGGGUGAAAUUGGUUUUGUGAGCUUGCCAAGAAUUGGGUCUACUUUUACUUUUACUGCUGUUUUAUCUAAUGGUUGUGCUGAUUCAAACGAGCCCAGUUCUGCUUUUUCUGAGUUCAAAGGAAUGAGAGCCUUAGUUGUAGAUCCCCGGACUGUACGAGCAGAGGUCUCAAAGUAUCACAUUCAACGCCUUGGUAUUUAUGUUAAGGUGGUUCAAGAUUUGAAUGAAGAGCUCUUAUUUAUAAGCACCGAGGAAACAAGUAUAAAUAUGGUUCUAGUUGAACAGGAAGUAUGGGAUAGAGAUUCGGGGCAGGUUACUCGAUUUGUCAACAAACUAAGAAGCUACAAUAUCAGUUCAUCUCCUAAACUAUUUUUGUUAGCUAAUUCUAUAAGUUCAGGAGCAAACACCUCAACAUUGGGUGUUUCUACUCCAUUUGUUAUUAUGAAGCCGCUACGAGCUAGUAUGCUUGCUGCGUCUCUCCAGCGUGCCAUGGGGGUUAACAACCAAGGAAACCACAGGAGUGGAAUGGUUUCUGGUGCUCCUCUUUCUGAGCUCCUUCACGGAAGGAAGAUACUUGUUGUGGAUGACAACCUUGUGAACCUUAAAGUAGCUAACGCUGCCUUGCGGAAGUAUGGUGCUGAUGUGGUUUGCACAGACUGUGGGGAAAAUGCAAUUUCACUUCUACGUCCACCUCAUGAGUUUGAUGCAUGUUUUAUGGAUAUUCAAAUGCCAAGGAUGGACGGGUUUGAAGCAACCAAAAGAAUCCGUGAACUUGAAAAUCAAAUUAGUAAUAACAAAAAUCGCAAACAGGAUGAAGCUUACAGAAAUGGACCAAGCUGGCAUGUGCCCAUCUUGGCAAUGACUGCCGAUGUAAUCCAUGCCACAUAUGAGCAAUGUCUGAGGUCUGGAAUGGAUGGAUAUGUCUCAAAACCAUUUGAUCCAGAGCAACUAUACCGCGAAGUUUCACGUUUUUUUCAUCUCAAAUCAAAUUGAGGUCUGUGAAGUGCAUUGUGGCUUGCUGCUUGUAGUGUUUUUGAGUUGAGUGACAUGCUCUUCAAGACACAUCAGAGAAGUUAUAACAGUAGCUCUGUUUCCCCAACAGUGAGUAAUUUAUAACUUACGCCUGCUUGGUAUCUGCAUAUUAUGCUUUUGUUGAUUACUUAAACUUUGCUUGGGCUUCAAACAUUCAACACGCAUCUGCAGAAAAUUUCUUCAGCCAAUUUCGAUGUAUAUAGAAGUCAAGGCAAGAAACUGAUGGCCCGCGUUGUAACGUAAAUGGUCGGAGGGCACAUCUUCUUUCUCCCCGUGCAAGCUUUUGUACUUCCACCAUUCGGGAAGUCUCAGUCUUUGUACCACGGAGGUAGUUUGUGAAAACACGUAGCAAUGGCGAUUGUGUAAUAUGUUUUAUUUAAAUAAAGCAUUGCAGGAUGUAAAAUAGUGUAGGAUUCGUAGUCGACUCAAAUGUUGUUGUAUCACUGAAAAUUAGCUCAAUCUCUAAAACUUGUACAGUUCAGAUCUGGAUACAUUUAGGUCACCAAUUUUUGCAUACGAAUUAUAGUUCUGCAGUUGUGUUGCA